AUGCAGAGAGACCUCGCCGGCACGCUGAUCGCCAUCAGCGGCUGGGCGUGCAUUGGCACCACGAUCACCAACGACUUCUGGAAGACGUCGACGGUUGCGGGCAGCGUGGUGACGGCCAACACCGUCUACGAGAACCUGUGGACCUCGUGCGGCACAGACUCGAUGGGCGUCUCCAACUGUAGGGACUUCGACUCCUUGCUCAACCUGCCCGGCUUCAUCCAGGCGUGCCGGGCCCUCGUCAUCACAUCCAUCAUCCUGGGCUUCUUCGCCAGCCUGCUCGCCUUCCUGGGCAUGCAGUGCACCUCGCUGCUGACCGUCGACGUCGCCACAAAGGGACGCAUCACUUUCGCCGCGGGGGUCAUCUACAUCAUGGAAGGGCUGUCCGAGCUGAUCGCCAUCUCGUGGUACGCCACGCAGGUCGUCAACGAGUUCUUUGACCCGCUCUUCCCGGGCACCAAGUACGAGCUGGGCGAGGCGCUGUACGUGGGCUGGGCAGGCUCGGCGCUCUGCGUGUCGGGGGGCCUCAUCCUGUGCACCGUGUGCUUCACCAACGCUCGCUCCGCCGCGGCCGGGUGA